AGUACGGGAGCAAGAGGGAGAGAGGUGGAGAGCCACUGUACAGACAAAGUAAGAGGUGGAAAGCUACUAUACAGGGAAGAAAAGAGAAGGGUGGAGAGAGAAUAGCCUCUUGUAAAAUAAGCUUCAGUGAGAGGGAGAGAAAUUGAGGAAGGAGGGUCACUUUACAGAGAAAAAGAGGGCGUGCAAGUGAUGCAGAGCAGCCCCGUGGGGACCCAGAGGUAAACUGCCAGUGAGGAAAUAUUAAUGGCCCUGACAGAGCGCUCACUGCGCAGCGUCCCACUGGUGAUCGGAGCCUAGGCGCCGGAGAAGCCCUGAGAGAGGCGUCACAUUAAGCGCAGCCCCGGGGUGCUCUCCACAAAGCGCUCCCGCCACCACCACCACUCUCACACUUACACACUUACACCAGAGGAACGUAGCCACACAGUGGACUGGAGGACAGAAGAGGAGAGCCUGGAGAGAGGACCAAGAAGGAUUACACCCUGAAGAAGAUUCCCCAUUCCCCUCGCGACCCCCGACGCCAACAUGAGCAGCUGCAGGAAGAGGUGCAAGAGGGAGAUGUUCAAGUUCGCUCAGUACCUGUAUAGACUCGUCACGGGCACGCUUCAUGCAGACAGCGUGGAGGAUGAGUUGGAGCUGUCGGCCGUCCGCCAUCGCCCCGAGGGCCUGGAGCAACUGGAGGCCCUGACCCGCUUUAACCGCAAGGAGCUGCAGAUCCUCUACCGAGGCUUCAAGAACGAGUGCCCUAGUGGUGUGGUCAAUGAAGACACCUUCAAAGACAUCUACUCCCAGUUCUUUCCACAGGGAGACGCUUCGACGUAUGCACAUUUUCUGUUCAACGCAUUUGACACAGAUAAAGAUGGAUCUGUGAGUUUCGAGGACUUUGUAAUGGGCCUCUCUAUCUUGCUCCGAGGCUCAGUCCAGGAGAAGCUCAACUGGGCCUUUAAUCUGUAUGAUAUUAAUAAGGAUGGAUGUAUUACUAAAGAGGAAAUGCUUGAUAUCAUGAAGGCCAUCUAUGACAUGAUGGGGAAAUGCACAUAUCCCCUACUCAAAGACGAUACGCCUCGGCAACACGUGGAGAUAUUUUUUCAGAAGAUGGAUAAAAAUAAGGAUGGAGUUGUAACCAUAGACGAGUUUAUUGACUGCUGCCAAAAUGAUGAGAACAUCAUGAGAUCGAUGCAGCUCUUUGAUAAUGUCAUUUAACUUGUGGCUGACCUGGAGAGCUCUGGACCGGACUAUCAACAGACGCUAUUCUAUCAACUGUACGCUAUUCAGGCAAACAUAUUGUCCAUUGCAAUGGACCACACAAAACAUACAGUAUAGAUGUAAUGGUAUGAAACAUUCUUGAAUAACUUUGCAAAAAAGCAAUGAUCUUUCCAAUCUUUCCUUUUCAAUUUGAGUUUUGUGGUUUGAUUGAGUAGAUUGAACUCUUCAAACCUCCUGUGUACAAAGAUGCCUCGAUCUUAACAGCUGUGCUGCAGUCAGCUUUUAUCUGCAGUACAGGAAACCCAGCUGUGUUAGAUUUUGCCACUGCCUUUGAACAGAUGGACACAAUGAGUUUGAAAGGUGAGCGUUUGUGAUGAAUAGUGACAAACAAGCGUUGCUAAAGUAGGCCCCGAAUUCUGAGGUUUUUCACCCACCAUGGUCCAUCCUUUGCUCUCCUGGGACCUGGAUAAAAUAUAGACUUAACAUUGUACCAUUUUUAAAAAAUAUGUUUAUACUAUAGUUAAGAAUCUGAGCAAUGUUCAACUUUGUUCAUGUUUACUUACCAACUAGAAUGAGACGAUGCACUCCACAUUGAGUUUGAUGAUGAGUUGGGAUGGUGAAAAGUAUCGUUAGAAGCACACAGGUAGCUGUUACUUACCUUGAGUCUACGAUUAGGAGGAACGACUAUCUUGUCACAAGAUUAUGCUGCUUGUAAAUGUAUUUUAUGUGACCCUAAAUGUGUGUAUUUCCCCGUGUAGAGAUCAUGUGUCCUGUCGACAUGUUUCCAUUCAUGUUUCGAAGCACUAUUUUGCAGUUUACACUAGUAUGUUGGAUUUUAUUUAUAUAAUAUGGUAGUCAGUGUACAAAGGGAUAGUCAGAUGUUCAGUAUUAAGCAGAAGCUAACUCUUGGGGUGAAUUUAAGGUAUUAUUGGGUAUGUAAUGUAUAUUUAUCACUGUCUUAUAAAGAGGGUCACUGGGAUGAAGUUAUACAAGCAAAUCUAA